UAUGACGUAUGGCUAAUUUAAAAACGUAACGUAAAGCUCGUUGGCCUUUUUGACUUCACCUUGCGGCUUGCAAAGGAGGCCAGUUAGGCCACAAGGUUCACGACAAAAAAAGGGUUACAUUUGGGACAGCGUGUAAAGAAAAGGGACUUUAAAACAGACAAAGUGGAGUUUUAAAAUUGAAAAAUUUAACAGAUAUGGAAUAGUAAAACUCGUUUGUUUGUCGUGAAUCAGCUGUGGUUUAUUUUUCACAAAAAAAUGGAAGAAGAAGAAUCCAGUUUAUUUUGUCAUAUGAAAUAAUACAAUAAAAUGUCAACUCAGGUGGCAAACACUCCAUUCAAAGCUUAUUUAGGGAAUGAGGAAUUAAUGGUGGAGAGACAGAGAGCACAAUCAAGAUUGAAACAAAGUAAAGACAGAAAUAGGAAAGUCGCAAUUGAAUCAUCACACAGCAGAUAUUUUACCGAUGGAGUGCGUGCGCCAUUGCUGUCCGACAUUAAUUUCGGACAGUCUUGUUGUUUGGACGUUGUCAGACCAGCCGCCAAAAAAAUACAUUCGACCGAAACCACAUCGCCUGAGAGUCCCGGGCGUAAAACUGCUAUACCACAUAUUCCUUUUGAGAAAGAAAACAGUAACGUCGUUUUUUCCGACCGAUCAAGCAAUACGAUUAGAUCCAUAAGGUUUUUACUUCCGGAUGGAUCGUUACGGUCACAUGACGAAUCUGCUAUGAGCUCUAGAAGUGCAAGUGAACUUGAUUUAAGAUGGAAGCGAUCUAAACAUAGUCCAAAACUUGAUGCAAGAGAUAUUUUAUACCGCAACACAUACUGUGGUUCACCUGAUCUGAGGUAUCAUUCAAUCACGUUGCCCAGCAUUGCUUGUCAGAAUAAAACUGCCGUUCCACGUGUUAGCAAAACUAAAACAACUUCCCCUAAGAAAAAGAUAACAUUUAAAGAUAAUGAGCAUAUGCCAGAAAAGUUUCAAGAACACUGUGUGUUAGAUUCUAAACUCGAAAAACAAAAGAAUAUUCAAACAACAGUUGAUAUAGGAUUUUUAAAAGUACAAAAGAUAAAAUCUCAUUUAGAAGAGAUUCAAAGUGGGAAUGAUGAUUUUUUAUUUACUGUAAGACAACCAACAGAUCUUCAUAAUCGAAACUCAAAUCAUCCUCUGGAGCUCCGAACAGAAAGGCCACUUAAAUACGAAACAGUGGGACCUCAUGGUUCCCGUCUUCACAGGAAACAUUCAACAUUUCGAACUGUUUUCCCAUAUUUUAACAAGGAAUAUAAAUCAGCCGAUGCUUACAAAGAAUAUCUAGAAAUGGUAAAAACGAAAAUAGAGUUAAGUAGUCGGGAAUGCACGAGAAAUGGCAAUGACUCCGUAUUAUCACAUUUUGGGCGAGACAAUCGAGUGUUACAAUCUGUCAUUGAUGUCAAUACACCGACCGAUCGACAUGGAGCUUUAUCAAAUGACGGUCGAUCUUUAGUUAUUGAAAUAAAACCAACAUGGAACGAAAUUCCUAACGGUCUUCUAGAUGAAGAGGAAUCUGAUGAUUUUCGACCAGAUAAAUGCCCUGUUAAUACUCCAGAUCAUGAAUAAUACAGCAAGUAUUUACCAGUCAUACCAUUUUAAUACUUAGGAAACUGCUUCUUGCUUCUCAAGUGUUGUUAUAUUAUCUUACCUUGCGGGAAGCGUAACAAAUUAUAUAAGAACUAUUUUGGGAGUAAACUUGACUCUAUUGUGCGUUAACACAGACUGAAAGUGAAAACAAGGUAACUGAUUUAUAGAUUGAAGUGUCUUUAAAAAUGAAACUUUUGAGCCUGUUUUUUUACCAAUAUAAUGAAUUGUUUGUUAAUUAUAUGUAUUACUAAGACAAAACUUAAUCGGUUUUUUUUCGGAGCAAAGUCUUACUUGGUUAUUUCAUAGUCGUUAUAACAAUUCAUUGUUAGAUUACCUUGAAUAGAUUAAUUAAAAAUUUUGAACUAUG